AUGGACACACGGAUGUCGCGCGGAUGCACACAGAUGUCCGUGCUCGUUUUUAUUCCCCAACCCACCCACGACCCAAACCGGACCACUCCAAGGACCAAAGCUGACGGCCGCACAGAGACAGAGCUCGCAGGCGACCAAGCGGCGGCGCCACUCCGCUUGCGCCCGACGCCCCAAUGGAGUCCUCGUCGUCGCCGCCGCCUACCACAGGGGGAGACCCGUCGGAGGAAGGCGCGGCCCCUGAGAAGCGGCACGGGGCGGCGGCGAGGCGUGGCCAGCGGGAGCCGGAGGCGCGGCGAGAGAGACGCGGCACGGGGCGGCGUCGAGGUGCGGCCAGCGACGGCCCAAGGCGCGGCGCGGCACGGGGCAGCUGUUGCGGCCGGCGUCGUGGCACCCGUCCUCGCGUCGGGGCGGGGCAGCGGCAGCCCGAGGCGCGGGGCGGGGCACGGCCUGGGCGGCGCUGAGCUCGGCCUAGGGCGGCGCGGCACGGCACGGGGCAGCUGCUGCGGCCGGCGUCGUGGCGCCCGUCCUCGCGUCGGGGCGGGGCAGCGGCGGCCCGAGGCGCGGGGCGGGGGCACGGCCUGGGCGGCGCCGCAGGCGAGUGGCGCGGCGGCGCCGCAGGCGAGUGGCGCGGCGGCGCGGCAGGCGAGGGCGCGGCGGCCACGAGGGAGUGGGCGGCGGCGGGUGCAGCGGGGACGGGCUCCGCAGCUCCUUUCUCCCUGCAACGAGGACAGGCCAAGCACGGGCGAGGCCCCGUCGCCGCGGGUGCUGCCCGUUCGCCGCCGCGGGCGAGGCCCCGUCGCCGCGGGUGCUGCCCCGUUCGCCGUCGCGGGCGCGGCCCCGUCGCCGCGGGUGCUGCCCCUGGAUGACGCCGUCGUUCGGCCGCUCUUGGCACGGGCGGAGCUCGCCUGCGCCUGCCCGGCCGGUUCUCGCGGUGGCGGCGGCGUGGCGAGGCGCGGCGCGGCCGGCGCCCAUGCCCGCCGAGAUGAGCCUGAGCACGUCGAGCGCCGCGGCGUGGUCGGGCUCCUCGCGCGAUGGCCGCUGCGAGGCGAUGCAAGGCGAGGCCGCCCCGAGCAGCACGUCGGCCGGGACGAGCUCCUCGCGCACGGCCGCUGCGAGGCGCUGCAAGGCGAGGCCGCCCCGAGGCGCAGCUUCCUCCCAGGCGGAGCUCCUCAUGUCGUGCCCGCUCGCCCGCCCCCGCCGGUGGCCGUGCCCGCCCACCCCCGCCCCCGCCCGUGGCGCGACGGCCAGCUCCGCCCCCGCCCGUGGCUCGCACGGCCAGCUCGGGCCCCUCCCGUGACCGACACGGCCGGCACCGCCCCCGGCCGUGCCCGCCCGCCCCCGCCCGUGGCCGACGCGGCUGGCUCCGCCCCCGCCCGUGCUCGCGGCGAGCUCCGCCCACGCCCUUGGUCGUCGCCCUGCCCGUCGCCGUCGACGAUCUUUCUCGCCGGAGCUCGUUUUGGCAGCGGAAACUUCGGGCACGGAUGA